UCGCAAUCCUUCCAUCUCCAACCAUGGCGGCCAUCUCCACCUCCCUCUUCUUCUGCCUCGUUUUCUUUCCCCUAAUAAUCCUUGCCCAGACCAACGGCGUCCCUAAAGGUUUCUUCUUGAACUGUGGCGGAAACGAGGAGGUGGAACUGCAUUCUCUUACGUUCGUCCCAGACGAUAAAUACAUUUCUGCCGGCAACAAAUCCGUCGUGAAACAGCAAAACAUCCUUCUAACGUUAACCACCCUCCGCUAUUUCCCCAGCAACAAGGCCCGGAAAUGGUGUUACAGUUUGCCGGUGGCCAAGGGGAAGAGGCUGCUGGUGAAGACGGUGUACUAUUACGGGGGGUUCGACGGCGGGAAGGAGCCGCCGGUGUUCGAUCAGAUCAUCGACGGCACCAAAUGGUUUGUGAUUGACACCAGGGCGGAUUACGCCAGGGGUCUCACCUCCUACUAUGAAGCCAUUGUUAUGGCGAAUGGAAUGGACCUAACGCUCUGUCUUGCCAGGAAUGAGCAAACUGGGAAUUCCAGCCCCUUCAUUUCCGCCAUUGAAGCCUCUUAUCUUGAAGACACCAUUUACAAUACCACUGAUUUCCAGAAAUAUGGAUUGAUCAACCUUGCCAGACACAAUUUUGGCUCUGAUUUUGAUAUGAUUGGUUUUCCAGAUGAUCCUUACAACAGACUGUGGCUUCCAUUCAUGGACAAUAACCCAUCAGUGCUAAGCCACUCGCACGUGACGCCGGUGGCGUUUUGGAACAAGCCGCCGAAGGAAGUGUUCACGACGGCGGUGACAACCAGCAGAGGGAAGACGCUGACGAUGCACUGGCCGCCGUUUUCGCUCCCCAAUACUUACUACUACAUCGUUCUCUACUUCCAGGACAACCGCACGCCCAGCGCUUAUAGCUGGCGAACAUUUGACGUCAAGAUUAACGGCAAGACGUUUUACAGCAAACUGAACGUGACCACAGGCGGCGUCAGUGUUUACUCUCCGGCUUGGCCGCUUUCUGGGAAUACGUCGAUUUCUCUGAUUCCGGUUGAUGGUAUUCCGGUCGGGCCUGUCAUUAACGCCGGAGAAAUCUUUCAGCUUUUUCCAUUAGGUGGAAAGACGCUCACACGAGAUGUGGCGGCGUUGGAGGAUUUGCAGAAAAGCUUGAGGAACACGCCGGAGGAUUGGAAUGGGGAUCCAUGCCAGCCAAAGGAUAAUGGAUGGACAGGAAUCACAUGUAGUAAAGGGAAAUCAUUCAGAGUUGUGUCUCUGAACUUGACUGGUAUAGGGCUGAGUGGAACACUACCUCAAAGCAUAUCCAAAUUGACUGCAGUUUCCUAUAUUUGGCUUGGAGACAACAAACUCUCUGGUACAUUGCCUGAUAUGAGCAAAUUGAAGUCCCUGAAAUCUCUGCAUUUGGAGAACAACCAGUUUGAAGGAGCAAUCCCAAAGGCUCUAGGCCAACUACCAAAACUCACUGAAGUGUUUCUGCAGAAUAACCACCUAAAUGGUGAAGUCCCACAAGGCUUAAAGAACAACAAGAACAUAACCCUCCAGUAUGAGAAUCUUUGUCUGCUGACAACGUUGCUACUACUGCUGUUAAGAUCUCCUUUCUGACUCUUUCUGUUGCAGGGUUUGAGGGGAGCUGUCGGGGGAUGAAAGGAGUUAGAAGAGCUGAAGAAAUGGGAUUAUAAGCUAGCAAGAAUGGAUGUGAAGAAAGAGGGAGAUGGAUGUUGGAUUGCCAAUUUGUGGAAAACCUGAGUGUAUAAAUUAAAGUAAUGAUCUUCAGUGAAAAAAUGUAGUUUAAUUAAGGUCCUGUGUGAACAGAACCAUAACAUUGUGAAGGAGUUUGUUUAUAUAUUCAGAAGUUCAAUUUGCAAAUUUCAAUGCCAAGUUUCUCAAAGAAAUCCUAUGCAGGAUCUUAUUCAUCAUAAAUGGAAUCUAUAUAUAAUCCACUUGACAUACAAUAUAAUGUUUAACUCAC